AUGCCACCCAAAACGGCCUCCAAUAAGCGCAAGACCGCUAGAGGAACUAAGAAGAAUCCAUGGGUUGAUGACGAGUUUGUGAUGACAAGUGAGAAAUCUCCUCUUGUCGACAUUGAUUUGGCGGUAUGUGGUGACGAAGGAGAGAAGAAAGAAAUUCUUUCCCUACUUCCCGAGAGCGUACAUCCGGAUGCAGAACCUUCUGCUGAGAAUCCAGAGGGGAUUAUUCCACCUCUCUCCGAAGAGUUUCUGCGCUCAACCGUUUGGCGUGAUGCAACCCGUCAAUUCCAACUAGAUCUGGCGAACGGAAAAUAUGACCCGCAAUGGCAGAAGCAGGCACAUAAAGCAGUACAAGAAAGGGCUGAGGGAAAGUUUGAUGCGAAAAAAGAGAGAGAUUUUGAGGCAUUCUGGGGACAGAAACAGCGCUAUCACACCAAUGUGCCAGCUGGUGAUAGUGCGACAGUCGAUUUCAAAACGCUAGUUACCAACGGUGUGUUCGAAGUGGGAGACGUUUGGAAGUACUCGCGUUCUCAGGGAAAAGGGGCGGGAAAGUUUCUGGUUGAGAAGGAGGUAGCUGUAUGUCUUGCGUUUACUCUCUCCCCCUCCCACCCCAUGAUUAGGCCUUGGCUCAUAGUAUACUAUCAGGUUGUGAGCUUGGAUGGAGAGACCCUUACCUUUGCUAUUCCUCCUGGUAGGCGCGUGUUCAUGCCUUCACUGACCAAGAGUCAGCCAGUGGCUUCGCCGGCGCCAGAGCCUUCAGUUGAACCCAAGGUCAAAACUGAACAUAAAACUAGCUCAGAAGAGGUUUCGAAUACAGGUACGUCACAAGCUGUUUCGACACAGCCUCAAGUUUGUGACCAAGACCAAAGUAUUGCCCAGGAAUAUAUAAUGAGUAACAACCAGAGUGUUCUCACCGCGAACCUCGCAGCAGAACCUAACCAGUCCUCAACCAAAAAUGAAAGCUGUAUUGACAACAAAGCAAUUGUUGAGACAUCUAUACCCCAGAACCAUUCAGGCUUUGAUACAGCUAUGGACAUUGGCACAUUCGACGAUGUUACUCCCAGUAUUGAAUCAGAAACAGCCAAGGAAAUCAAUGGCAAUACGAAAAUGCGCUUUUUAGGAAAGCCCUUUAUUGAAGAACUUCUAGAUGAUAGUGAUGACUGCAGUAUCAUGUCUGAUCCACCAGAUAUGAUUGAUGAAAUAGAUGAUGUGGAUUUCCACAGAUCUUUACAAGAGCUUGGACCUUUACCACCUUCAAAUACUCCAUAUGUGCCGUUUAAUUUAAAGGCAGAUACUUCCGGUCCUAGAAAAGUUACACCCUCUACUAAGCCUGAAGCUGCGGUCGUAGGGGUGCUGCCAACUGGUCAUACCGAUGCUACAAAUAGUACUCGGUCCGAACUGUCUCACCCAUUUGUACCAAAAGAUGAUAGACAUGGAUCUCCCACACUUAUGGAAACAGCAAUCGCAACGGAAACUGAGCCGCAAGUCUCCGAAAUAUCUCACCAAGCACAUACCAGCCAGUCCAACGGUCAAGCCUCUGUACAUCCAAAAGUCGAUACGGACGACAAUACUCAAACAAAAACCAGAACACCAGAUAUUUGGCCAGAAACAUCGAAUCAGCCAAGUACUGGAUCUCCUGGUACUCUCAGCACGAAACACGCGGCGAUGUUGGGAGUGCCAGAUAAAACGAGCUCUCCUUCCGAGGGAAAAGAAGCCCCUGUUCCUGAAAGCUCCAAUAGCGUCGAGCCAGUAAUAUUUCCAGGUGUCACAGGACCUAUGUCUUUGAUUAGAAAGAUUCACGAACUUGAUGGCCGAGAAUCGUCUGCCCGAGUCGCAAAUGCAUGGAUGCUUUUCCGCUGCAUCAGAAACAACCAGGACAUGGGGACACUUUGGGAGGUCCGGCACAGCUGGUAUACCCGAUCAAAACGAUGA